AUGAGCAUUCCUUGGUUCUUCAGAUGUCCAAUUAGUCUAGACUUGUUCACAGACCCUGUGACUUUGAGCACUGGGCAAACAUAUGAUCGGCCGAGCAUUGAGCGGUGGCUCGCCGAAGGCCACUACACUUGCCCGGUGACAAUGCAGAGGCUGAAUGACACCUCUCUUGUGCCCAACCACACUCUCCGGCAUCUCAUCGACCGGUGGCUCCUCACCGGUCAUGAAACAAAAUCAAAACCCAUCAACUUCAUCAACUCAUUGGCUGCAUUGAAACUGAACAUUCAAUCUGCAGAAACCAGCAUUGAGACAAAGCUUGAGGCUCUCAAGAAAGUGAGGAUCUUGUCAAUGGAGUCUGACAAUGGACAAGCUUCUCUCAUUCAAUUAGGCUUCUUUCCAUUGUUACUAGACUUCUUGUUUCAAACACCUCAAUUAACAACAACAACUACUACUACAUAUCCAGAGUUGUUCAUUGAAGUAGCUCUUGAUUGUAUCUUGAGUUUAUCACCUGAAAAGCAUUCAGAGUUCUUGAACAUACUCAAGAAUGAGUCUUGUUUGGCUUCAUUGGGAAUUAUGUUGGAUCAAGGCAAUGUGAAGAUCAAGACUUGUUUGUGUACUCUUAUAGAGACAAUAGCUUCAAGUCCAGUGACCAGACAAGUGUGUCUAGCCAUGGGACAAUCACAAAAGGUUUUGCAAGUGUUGGUUUCCCUUCUGUGUUCAAGUACUGGUAUCUGGGCAAUGGAGGCUGCGGUGAGAGCCGUAUACGGUAUAUGUAUGUUAGAAGCCAACCGUAGCAAUUUAGUAGAAGAAGGAGCGAUCGACGGGCUUUUUUCAUAUUUAUCAUGCAGCGUUCAACGAAAUGCCUCACAAGCAUUGGCUAGUAUUGAGGCUUUGUUAGUAGUGGAUGCCGGAAGGAAGUCAUUGUUGAUGAACGUGAAUGCGGUCAGGGUAUUGGUGAAGAUGGUUUUUGUGGUGAAUUCUGAUCAUGAGGCGAGCGAGCACGCGGUUGGAGCGCUGCUGAUCAUGUGUUGUGAGACAAUGGGUGUGCGAGCAGAAGCGGUGAAUGCCGGAGUGUUGAAGCAAUUGCUGUUGCUGCUGCAAAGCCAGUGUGGUGUUAAGGCUAAGGCAAAGGCUAGAGCUUUGUUGAAGUUGCUGAGGAGUGUGUGGGCUGAAGAUCCAGGGGUUUGUAAUUUCUAUAAUGCAAUGUAGUUG